AUGGUGACACGAAGUGGGAGGACCUUGGAUGCUUCAUUGCAACAACACAAGAAGGCCGUGCCUUCUAAAGGUAAGGAGGCCGAGAAUUACAAUGUCAAAGACUUAGAGAAGGACCCUGCCUCCCCUAAAGCCAAAGAUGCCGUGCCUCUACCAAAAGAAGAUCAUGUCAAGAAGGAUGACUCUGAUCAAGCCAUGCUUGACAUUUUCAAGAAGGUGGAAGUGAACAUGCCUCUUAUUGAAUGCAUACAACAAAAUCCUAAGUAUGCUAAGUUUUUGAAAGAAUUGUGCACCAACAAGAGGAUGACUCGAGAGAAGGAGGUUGUUACAAUGAGUGAGACGGUUUCUGCCGUGCUCCAAAGGAAGCUACCACCAAAGCUUAAGGAUCCAGGGAGUUUUUCUAUCCCUUGUACAAUCGGAAACAUGACAUUUGAAAAGAUAAUGUUAGACUUAGGUGCAUCUAUUAAUGUAAUGCCGCACUAUAUCUAUGAGAACCUAGGUCUAGGUGAUUUGAAACGUGAUAAUGUUGUGAUUCGAUUGGCUGAUUGUUCCAACAAAGUCCCUUUGGGCUAUGUUGAAGAUGUUCUUGUGCAGGUGUCAAGCUUGAUCUUUCCUGCCGACUUCUAUGUCAUAGACAUGGAGCCAACGGAGGCAGAUGACAAGGAGGUCCCUAUCUUGUUGGGCCGCCCCUUCAUGAGGCUUCCUUCUGUGGUGCAAGCUCCAAAGCUUGAUCUUAAGGUUCUUCCGGACCACUUGAAGUAUGCGUUUUUAGGAGAAAAUGAUACUUUGCCCGUGAUCAUUUCAUCUGCACUAAAUGAGGAGCAAGAAGAGAGAUUGAUUGAAGUGUUGAAGAGACACAAGACGGCAAUAGGAUGGACCUUAGACGACAUCAAGGGGAUCAGCCCUACCAUGUGUGUGCAUCGAAUAUUGCUAGAAGAUGGUGCCAAACCAACCAAGGAAGGUCAGAGACGCCUUCACCCACCAAUGAUGCAAGUUGUAAAGGAUGAAAUCACCAAGUUGCACGAUUGUGGUGUGAUCUACCCCAUCUCGGAUAGUAGGUGGAUCUCUCCCAUUCAAGUUGUGCCAAAGAAGUCAGGCAUCACGGUGGUGAAGAACAAGGACAACGAGUUGGUGCCUCAAAGGACAGUGACCGGACAUAGGGUUGAUAAGUCUAAAAUAGAUCUUGUGCGUCACUUACCCCUCCCCACAAGUGUGAGGGAUGUUCGAUCGUUUCUUGGACAUGCAGGUUUCUAUCGUAGGUUUAUCAAGGACUUUUCCAAGAUUGCGAGACCAAUGAGUUCAUUGCUUCAAAAGGACGUCCCAUUUCACUUUGAUGAUGAUUGCAAGCAUGCAUUCGAGACUUUGAAGAAGCUCCUAACUUCAGCACCGAUCAUGGCACCGCCGGAUUGGUCCUUGCCAUUUGAGUUGAUGUGUGAUGCCUCCGACUAUGCAGUUGGAGCCGUGCUAGGGCAGAGGAAGGACAAGCAGCCCUACGCCAUCUACUAUGCCUCACGAACACUCAACGAUGCGCAACAAAACUACACCACAACUGAAAAAGAACUUCUUGCCGUGAUCUUUGCUCUAGAUAAGUUUUGUUCUUACUUACUUCAAUCUAAAGUUAUUGUUUACACUGACCAUACAGCUUUGAAGUAUUUAAUGACAAAGAAGGAUGCCAAACCGAGAUUGAUUCGAUGGAUUCUUCUACUCCAAGAGUUUGAUCUCGAGAUCAAGGACAAGAAGGGAAGUGACAAUGUUGUGGCGGAUCAUUUGAGUCGUUUGGUGAGAGAUGCCGAGCCCUUGGCCAUCCAAGAGAGCUUUCCGGAUGAGCAACUCUUUCGAGUUGAGGUAAGUGAGCCAUGGUAUGCAGAUAUUGUCAAUUAUCUUGUUUCUAAGCAAUUUCCGGAUACUUUAUCGCAUGCUCAAAAGAAUAGACUCAAGGCAUUAGCUAAGUAUUAUGUUUGGGAUGAACCAUACUUGUGGAAACAUUGUGUUGAUCAAAUCAUUAGGAGGUGUGUCCCUGAACAUGAACAUCAUUCUAUACUUACGUUUUGCCAUUCUGAAUCUUGUGGAGGACAUUUUGGUUCACGUAGGACUGCUCUUAAGGUGCUCGAAUGUGGUUUCUUUUGGCCUACAAUUUUCAAAGAUGCAUAUCAUUUUUGCAUGACUUGUGAUAGGUGCCAACGCAUGGGAAACUUAGGAUCUAGAGAUCAAAUGCCUAUGACACCGAUUAUCUAUGUUGAAAUUUUUGAUUGUUGGGGUAUUGAUUUCAUGGGACCUUUUCCUAGCUCAAAUGGUUUCUUAUACAUACUCGUUUAUGUUGACUAUGUUUCGAAAUGGGUGGAAGCAAAAGCCACCCGGACUAAUGAUUCUCGAGUUGUUGCAGAUUUCCUUCGUUCUAACAUUUUCUCUAGGUUUGGUAUGCCGAGAGUUAUCAUUAGUGAUGGAGGAUCUCACUUUUGCAACCGGACCAUUGAGGCGUUGCUGAAGAAGUAUGGAAUCAAGCAUAAGGUUGCUACGCCUUAUCACCCCCAAACAAGUGGACAAGUGGAGCUAUCUAAUCGUGAGAUCAAGCGAAUUUUGGAGAAGUCUGUUGGACCAUCACGCAAGGAUUGGUCUCAACGAUUGGAUGAUGCUCUUUGGGUCUAUAGGACGGCAUACAAGACUCCCUUAGGCAUGUCACCAUUUCUAGUCUAUGGCAAGGCGUGCCAUCUUCCUGUGGAGCUUGAACAUCGUGCAUGGUGGGCUGUGAAGAAUUUUAACAUGGACAUUGAUGAGGCCGGAUUGCAUAGGAAGUUGCAAUUGCAUGAGCUUGAAGAGAUUCGAAAUGAGGCCUAUGAUUCGGCAAUGGUUUACAAGGAGAAGACUAAGACAUUCCAUGACCGCAUGAUUAGGAAGAAACACUUUGUCGUUGGGCAGAAAGUUCUUUUGUUUAAUUCUCGACUUAGAUUGUUUCCGGGCAAGCUCCGUUCUAGGUGGCUUGGACCGUUUGUUGUUACUAAUAUUUUUCCUUCUGGUGCUAUCAGGAUUAAAGGUGUUGUGAUUGAUAAGGAAUUCACGGUCAAUGGACAUCGCUUGAAGCCGAACUGGGAGGAAAUGGACUGGAAGGAGCUGGGACAGUAA